GGCACCAUGAGUGCAUUAGUGGCACACUAUGUGCCAACUGUCCCAGCCGACACAGUCCGCUGCGGGACAUGGGGCAAAUACUGCGUACGAGCACACACCGGACACGGCUUAACCAAGGAAGGCGCUGGAGGAUGGCAAUAUCCACACCAAACGUCUUUGCAGUCCACUGAUGCCAUCAGAAAAUUAAGAAAAGAGGAAUGAAGCCAUAGCUGAUCCCUUUUAGCCUCUCCAAACCUGCUAAGCCCAACAGUCCCACUUACUCCUUCAUGUACUGGCAUCCAUCAUGCUGUAUGGGCAGGUCCUGCACCACCGAGGGCCAGAGGAGAGCUUCAUCAACCUCAAUGUUGGCGGCUUUAAGCAGCAAGUGGAACGGGUGGUCCUCCAACGCUUCCCCCACACGCGGCUGGCCCGGUUGCUCUACUGCAGCUCAGAGGCCGCUAUUCUCCAGCUUUGCGACGACUACGCAGCGGCCGACCGCGAAUAUUAUUUCGAUCGCAAUCCAUGCUUUUUCCGCUAUGUGUUGAACUUCUACUAUACUGGAAAGAUCCACCUGAUGGAACAAUUGUGUGUGUUUAGUUUUAGCCAGGAGUUGGAAUACUGGGGCAUUAAGGAGCUCCACCUGGACACUUGCUGCAGCAACAGAUUUCAAGAACAGAAAGAAGGCUCAGGAGAUCACGACUGGGGAAAUGACGAUGACCCGCCGAACCAGCUGCAGGACAGCUUAGACUCAUCCAUGGAGGAGCUAUCAGGAUAUGACAAGGACCUGGAAAAGUUCGAGGGCACCUGGUGCUCUGAGAACCGCAAAGAACUCUGGCUGCGACUGGAAAACCCUGGAUACUCGUGUUCUGCCAAAAUAAUAGCGGUGUUUUCGCUGAGUGUGGUACUGAUCAGUAUUGCCGCCAUGUGCGUUCAUAGCAUGCCCGAGUUCAACAAGAAGGACGAUAAUGAGAAAGAGGUGGAGGACCCAGUUUUGGCUGCAUUCGAGACCUUUUGUGUCCUCUGGUUCUCCAUCGAGUUCGUCCUACGAUUAGCUGUUACGCCAUGUUUGCGUAAAUUCCUGUGCAAUGCGCUAAACGUCAUUGACUUUGCCUCUAUUGUUCCGUUUUAUGCCACGUUGGCCUUCGAAACCGUCGAUGCUGAGGAAAGCGCGGAGCUUGAGAACGUGGGAAGGGUCGUGCAGAUCCUGCGCCUCAUGCGUAUCUUUCGCAUCCUCAAACUGGCGAGGCAUUCGGUUGGGUUGCGUUCGCUCGGGGCGACUCUCCGUCACAGCUACAAUGAGGUCGGACUCCUCAUCCUCUUCCUCUCUGUGGGAAUCUCCAUUUUCUCAGUGCUAAUCUAUUUUGUGGAGAGAGAGGACGAGGAGUCGGAAAUACAGACCAUACCGGUGGGCUGGUGGUGGGCGACAAUCAGCAUGACCACGGUGGGAUAUGGCGACACGUAUCCUGUCACGUUGGCUGGGAAACUCGUCGCCACCUUGUGCAUCAUCUGCGGCCUGCUUGUAGUCGCCCUUCCUAUCUCCAUCAUAUUCAACAAGUUCUCAAAGUACUAUCAGAGACAGAAAGCCUUGGUGGAGUCUGACCAGCUCCAGUCAGAGGAUGAAAAACAGCCACAUCCCAGCAUGCCUUUUCUUCAUAUAGGAGAUCUAUACAGCCAAAAGAUUAAUUCUAUGGCACACAGCGUAUCCUCCAGGAGUAGCGUAGGGAGCGAGGGAGACGCCACUGAUGCUUCCAGUAUUCCAGAUGCUGAAAUUGUCUGCCUUGCUUUAAUGCCACAGGCCGACAAAGCGACAUAAACGAUAAUAUGCACAACCACAAAUGAAUGGAACGAGAAGAAACUUAGGGCGUUUUCACACCUAUAGAUCGUUUGUUUUGUUCAAAAAGUUCGGUAUUUUACACUUAAAGCCCUGUUUUAAGAUGGUUUCUGAUAAAAUAGAACGG